ACGGUUCACGAUCACCGCUUAGUAGCGUUCCAGAGCUCGUAGCGCAUGGUGGCAGUUGGUGAACCUCCUGCGACCAAUCUUUCGUAGCAGUAAAGGCUUGUUAGAGUUACAGCUCAAUGUGAUUUAACAGUGCAGUGCAUUAGUGCCGAGAACAAAGUUUAUCCAAAGUGUUUGUGAAAAUUUGAAAGAACCUUUCACAGUGCUGGCAUAAGGCACUCCCGUUCGAUGACUUCUGCCGCAGCAUGAGUCCAUGUUCGUUGGGUUAAAAUAUAUUCCAAUCGUCGUGCGGCCGUAAGUGUUUAAAGACGUGAAGUGACAGAAAGCAUUCCAAAAAGAGAGUAGGCGACAAAAAAGCUUCCCAACAUUCGGAACUUAGUGGUGGAAACUGUGAAGGGCGGUUAGACGUCACAUCAAAAUGGACGAGUCCGGUUCGUCCAGCAAUGAUCAUGGGCACCACCCGAUCGGCAACGGAGGUGAUGCUAGUGCCUAUGCCUACAAGAACGAAAUAUCCCUCUCGAUUGGCGACGAUGAUCAGAACUCGCGUACGAACAGUACUGCCGUUCCAACGCCCUCGCCGCGCCACAUCGAAGUACCGAUCGGGACCAGUCCGGAAGGGGAAACGAACGAGUACGCUGCACUAAACCGUAGCAGCGGUUCCGGCGGAUCACCUCGAGGCGGUAAAUCGAACGGAUUGGACAAUCCGGGCUUUGAACCGGAGCACGACAAACGGCCACUCAGCUCGUUCGGCCAUACGGCGGGCAAGGACGAAAAGUCACUCGGCGUGGUAUCGAUCAAUGGAAAGACGGUGGGUGAAAAGCCACUCGCCGAGGCAGUCAAUCUGGAGCUGCUGAACAUGUCCUCGAAGCCUGCAAACGGGCAUCAUCAGAAUGGGACGAACGGUGCCAGUGCGCUACCGGUCAAGAAGGAUACCGAGGUGGAUCUGGGCGAUCCGUACGAUGAGUACUUUGUGCCGGUGAACGAACACCGGAAGUUUAUGAGUGUCUCCUUCCAAAAGUCACGCCACGGUCCGGUUGGUCAUCCCGUGUACGGACGUCAUGGCCGCGGUGUCGACUACACCGGGCACUCGGUAAAUGAGCCCGCCCCCGGAACGAUGGACUAUAAACAGUGGACCAAAAUCACGAGGGGUGAAAAACUGUACGUCACAAAGGAUAAGCGAGAGAAGAAACGGAAGAACUGGCCGUUUUGGUUGCUUGGUCUGGCGGUACUGCUGGGUGUGAUCGUGGUAGCCAUUCUUGCCGGAUCCGGUGUCAUCUUCAACGACAGUCCUACCCCAGUUGAGUCACGUCAGUUCGGUGACAAGGUGGCAACGGCCGGUGUAUUCGGAGGAGGAAAGUCACGCCCGGGAAAUGCAAGCAGCAGUAGCACAUCGUCGACGACGAGUACUAGCAGCGAAUAUCCAACAACACCAUCGCCACCAAGCUCUACCCUACCGCCGGUACCACCGGCGACCGAGGAGAUCACCGUGUACGUACCGAACACACUCGAGGGACAGAUCACACUGGCGAACGUCGAGUUCUUGGACGACUAUCGCAAUCCGAACAGUUCCGCCUACAAAACGCUAGCGAUGGAGCUGGAGGAAGAACUGAAGGACACCCUCAGCACACCGGACGCACGUGGACCCAUUUAUGUCAAAAUUCUUAACAUGAAACCUGGUUCCGUGGUGGUGGAUUAUCGUGUCAGCUGGGAACCGAACACGAUGGAACUGUCCGAGGACACGAUGAAGCACCGGUUGAACAGCUUUUUGCAGCAGAACGGAAACUAUCUGUCCACCUACAUCGUGCCGACGAAUACGAUCCGUGUUGCCCGACUGCCGGAUGUUUGUGUCAUGCGAAGCUCUGGAAAGAAUUGCGAAUAUGGCUGUACGUUUGAUCCGAAAGUUGGCGAUUUCAUGUGUACCUGUCCGAAGGGAAUGUUGUUGAAUGAUGAAGAUGGACGCACGUGCUAUACUCCAGUACCGGCGUUCAAUGGUGGUGAGGAGGAACCAAAGAGCGAACCCGAGCCUGCAAGUGAGCCUGCAAGUGAACCAGAACCUGAAAGUGAACCUGAGCCUGCAAGUGAACCAGAACCUGAAAGUGAACCUGCUAGUGAACCAGAACCUGAGCCUGCUAGUGAACCAGAACCUGAGCCUGCGAGUGAACCGGAGCCAACUAGUGAACCGGAACCGGCUAGUGAGCCUUCUGGUAAACCUGUACCGGUUAGUGAGCCGGAGCCUGCGAGUGAGCCGGAGCCUGCAAGUGAACCGGAACCUUCAAGUGAACCAGAGCCUGCAAGUGAGCCGGAGCCUGCAAGUGAACCGGAACCUUCGAGUGAACCAGAGCCGGCAAGUGAGCCAGAGCCGACGAGUGAACCAGAACCGUCUAGUGAACCGGAAGCUGUUAGCAAACCGGAACCUGAACCGGAACCGAAAAGUGAACCGGAACCAACGAGUGAACCUGAACCUUCAUCAGAACCAGAAACAAGUAGCUCGAAUACGUAUACAAAAGCACCCUCUAGUGAUCAUUCCGCCAAACUGAUCAUUUCUACUGAGGCAUCUACCACGGAAACCGAACCGAAAAGUGAACCGGAACCUACGUCAGAGCCCGAACCUUCAAGUGAGCCGGAACCAUCGAGUGAACCAGAACCAACGAGCGAACCGGAACCGUCGAGUGAACCCGAACCGACUAGUGAGCCCGAACCAGCGGUAGAACCGGAACCAAGCAGUGAACCCGAACCAUCAAGUGAACCUGAACCUACGAGCGAACCUGAACCUGCAAGUGAACCAGAACCUACAUCAAGCAGCGAUGCCGUAGAGAAAUCGACAGCAUCCGACAAGCUAUUAAGGCAAACGAUUCAAUCCACUACGGAGCGUGACACAGCCUUCACGGUCACCACGACGAUCAGUUACCAAUCUUCAUCACCAUCGUCAUCCUCAACGACGGAUGAUUCUCAGCUGCCCGACUUUAUGUUCGUGGAUAAGGAUUCGAUGGUGAAGCACUCGAGCACGAUCGAAAGCACCACACCGAACGUAGUGGUAGUGUCGGUAACGGAACAAUCCGGAACAGAGGAUCCUCCCGCACCGGUCACGGAAACGAUUGUAGACGACACUCCCAUGCCAUCCACGUCGAGCUUUUUCGUAACGCCAAAAGUAACGACCGCAUCCACACCGAAAGCUUCUACGACGGUGAAUGGAUUCGAGGGACGUUCGUUGUCAUCAAAUGAUACGGCUGAAAACACGGUGUACGCCACCUCCAGUCCAAUUUCGCUCGAACAAUGGCGAUCGUCAACUAGCUUUGCCACUUCGACAGAAGCUUUCGGGCGUGAUUCGGAACGACAGGACGAAACGAACCCAUUCUUGCCAGGAAUUGAAACGGCGAGCAAUCGCAACGCUGCUGCAUCGUACGCCGUAACGGAAACCGUGGUUGAAGCCGAAACAAGCGCACCCAUUCUGGCCGCGCACAAUGAGUCGCCAUUCUUGCCGGAGACGGAGAACAACGCAAGUCUGGUGAAGAUAUUGCACGAAGGUCUCGAUCGGCACGAGGGCUAUGAAAUCGAAAAUCAACCACAGUUUUUGGAUGUGGUUCCAUUGUCGAAGGAGAGCGAUAGGAACGAAUAUAAGAAGCAGUUGAACUCGCACGUAACAGAGACGAUCUACAUCACGACGACCAUUCGCAGCCCGGUGCCAGUUACAACGGAAUCUCUGGAGGAACUGCUGUCGGUUGCAAGCUCCAGGAACAUUGUCGAACAGACUACGAAUAGUGGAGAAGAGAUGGUCACCAGUACGGAGCGCGAUGCGGAAGAACCAACCACCAUGAUGGAACAUACCAAGGAAGCUAUGAAGGAAUCAAAUUCUACUACUGGUCUUUCCAGUGAGAACUCUACAGUGUCCCGAGCUGCAUCGGACGCGGAAUCUUCUUCGACUACGGAACAGAUGGUUAGAAGUGUGACCGAAGCAGUACUGAAUGACAGUACAGAAAUGGUCCAAACGACGACAAACAGUGAAGAGGAACCACUUGCCACGACUACUCUCGAAGUGGAGCGAGCUACAUUGAUGGAGAACAUCGAUUCAACUACAAAAGCUCAGAAUAAAACGGACGAAACCACUGCUGGAAGCAGUUCAUCAACGACAACGACCACGUCGACGUCAACGACACCGAGCACUACAAGCACUACUACUACAAUGUCAACACUUCCAUUAGUAGUGACAGAGGCAUUGGAACGCAUUACGGCCAUCGAGAAAGAUCUGAUCAGUCUGAAGGAGAAUGAUCUUGCGGACGAUAACAAUAUAUUCGGUAAUGAUCUAAGCGUUAUACCGCUCAAUUGGAAGAAAGAUUCAACGACUACAGCAGGUCCGGAUUCCGGAUCGAUUCCUGUCUCUUCCGCCGAACCCAACAACCCAGCUACCCUCAUCCCAACCACGACGACCGGUCAUUUUUUAGACGAAACGACGUUUCACUUGAUUAGAUCAGAGCGAUCAAAUGAAACGUCGUUAAUCGGAAGUCGCUUUUCUGAGGAAGAACAGACUAGUACUUUCCCGGCAUCGCCGGUCACCCCGACCACCGAGAACAAACAAAUCGAAACAUUACUCGAGCGAGCGGCUUCUGCUGCCAGCUCCAUGUUCACCAAGUGCGCCGUAGGACAGUUCGAGUGUAUCAACGGCACCUCGAUCAAGGAUGGAAGUUCGUGCAUUCAGAAGUCCGAGCGAUGCGAUUCGGUGUCCCACUGUUCGGACAAUUCCGAUGAGCAGGAUUGCGAGCGGCUCGGCUGUCCGGGACACUUCCAGUGUCAGGAUGGGGUGUGUCUUGCACGGCAGCACGUAUGCGAUGGUAUCGCGCACUGUCACGAUAGUUCCGAUGAGCAGGACUGUGGCGAGUGGUUGUGCAACUUUGACGAGCUGUCGUGUAAUCCGGCCACCGGUAAUGGGCCGUGCCUGCCGGCACUGUGGAAGUGUGACGGGCUGGAACAGUGUGCCAACGGGUUCGAUGAAAGCAACUGCCCGGAUACGUGCACGAACGAUGAGUACUUCUGUGCCGGUCAACGUAAGUGCAUCCCGGAGGCGUGGCGCUGCGACGGGUCCGUCGAUUGCAGCGAUGGCGAAGAUGAACGGUUGUGCGAUUGUCCGCUGGAUAGCUUCAAGUGCAACACCGGUGGCUGUGUGCGAGGUGCGUACGUUUGCGACGGACAUCCACAAUGUCCGGAUCAGUCAGACGAAUGGCACUGUUACCAGCUGGACCGGGACGAUGGCACGUUGCGCGUCAAGCGUAACUCAUCGGACGCACUAGCCGUUUGUGGCGAUGGGUGGAAUGGUAUGCUGGCGGAUCAGGUGUGUGCUGAGUUGGGUUUCGCAGGAGCUAGCAAGAUUCUGUUCGGCAAGGUAGCCACCGGCAAUGGUUCACUGGUGAACAGUAUGUACCGGGUGACGGAGAAGAACCGGCUGGAGUUUGAACCAAUCCACUCAAUGGAGUGCAAUCAGGGUUUGAAGCUGUACUGCGAAGAAUAUCGUUGCGGUCGUGAGAGUAUUCAACAGACGUUGGAGCAACGUAUCGCAGGUGGUGAAACCUCGGACCCAAACCAAUGGCCCAGUUUAGCGUUAGCCUUCACUAACAAUGCUGCCAUUAAGUGUACAGCCAACAUAGUUUCUCCUCGUUGGGCACUGGCCAGCUACACCUGCAUCAUGGGCAAGACAGAAUUCGUUAACAAUCGUAACGUGGGUGACAUGAGCUGGAAGCUGUUUGCAGGUAGUCCUCAGUUUAACGCCUCACUAGAAGAUGUUACACUCCACACCGCGAACGCUUCUUACCAGAUCGUGGAUGUGAAGCGUGUUGUGCCGUAUCCGCAGUCGAAGUACAAACAAUUCAUGUACACCGGUGAUGUAGCACUAUUGGAACUGUCCACACCGCUUAAGCUGAACGAAAUGGUGGGUAGCGUUUGUCUGACAGACGGCGCCAACAUUGACUGGGAGCAACUCUGCCUAACGGCUGGCUGGGGUUCAGAUCUCGAGAAUACGGCGACGACGGAACAGUACCUAAAAUAUUUGCCCGUACCGACGGUGUCCACGGAGCGCUGCAACUCCUCGAUGCACUACAAUGGUGCCCUGCCCGAAAACGCCAUCUGUGCUGGGUAUCUAAACAGCAACAAAACAACAUGCUACAAUGAUGAGGGUGCGCCACUGAUGUGCUAUCUGGACGGUUCUGGUCAGUGGCAGCUGGAAGGCAUUCUCAGCUACCAUGGGAACUGUGGCAAACGACCACAUCCGGCCAUCUACAAUUCGAUUACCUCAAACAUUUCCACCUGGAUUCGGAACACCGUUGGGAAUGAUCUUAUGUUCGAAAGGGUUACCUCUUCGGGGACGGUUGGUGCAGGACUAGGGUCAACCACUACCGGUGCCAGCACAGUUGCCAGCACAGUCUCCUCGACAGACUUCUCAACUACCACAGCGACAGCAAUAUCUGGAUUAAGCGAAGAGCGAACUAUCGCAAGCAACUCCACUGCGUCGGCAUCCGCUUCCAACGAUCGGUAAUCGGUACCGGUUCACUACUACCAUAUCUCUUCUCAUCAAUAGUAGUAGUAACAGUAGUCGUAAUAGUAAUUAGCGGACUCUUCUGAGCACGUGUUGUACAUAAUAUCUACCAGUUAAAUAGAACCGGGGAGGGAAACUUAUAAUUGUGAGGGGAAAACUGGGGAGAGUCGCCAGGCACGUAUGAACGUUGAAGCGAACAAAUGUCUUGGGAGGGAACUGAUAGGAUAGCGGGGAGAUCGCAAGAAAAAUGCUUAAAACAUGCAUGCAGAAGAAACAGUUAAGCCUAGUCACAAAAGUCGAAUAUUUUGUGCCAAUACAAUUUGAACACUGCAUGACCUAAUGCAUAUCAGGAAAAAUAAAAGCAAACAUAAAUUUGUACAGUGAUGUUCCAUUCUUUACAAAACUGCGCUUUCACAACACAACGUUCUAGCAUACAGCGUUACUGAUAGAGGACAAGAACGAGAAGAUAGAAAAGGUUAUUCUUUUGCACAAUGAAAAUGCAAUAGGAGUAAGAUAAGAGAAAAUAUUCAAACAAUCCGUCUCUUCGUAAACAACACAGACACUGCGAGGACGUUUUCCGAUACACGUUAAACAUAUUAAUUAAAAUUUGCGUACGAUCACCUUUAUGUUGGUGAGACGGAAAACUACUAUUACAUGUAAAAACGAAGUACGAUUAUGGUUUUAAUAUUAUUAUUUUGAUCGCGCACUUGUAAAGAGAGGCACAGCGCCAUACAUCAGCUGGUGGUUGUUGUUUAUGUUACUUUUUAAAAAGCAAUAUUCGCAAUUCGUGUUCUUUUUCGUCUAUUUUUAAUUCGUUUGUAUAGCCUACCAAACGGAAAGCACUGUAGUGACGGGCAGGAUGUAAAACGGAAGUUGAUUUGAAGGCUACUCUUGCUGAUGAAGAAUUGUGCAGUUUGUAUGUAAAAGCAAUAAACAAUUUAUAUCUAGAUACAAAACAAA